AUGGCCAUGCCAAGUCCCGUAAAUAUGACACCGCAAAAGGGUCCUUCAUCUCCACAUGCCCCUUUCGCUGCUUCUCCAACCCCACAGAAUCUGCUCCAGCCGCAGCAGCAGCAGCAGCAACAACAAAAUCACCAACAACGCCCGAAACGCCUCCUCAUCCUUCAAGAGACGAAAUCGCCAGCUCUUGAAUCCGCAUAUGUACCAAUCAACACUCUUGGGCUUCCCAUUGCGGGCCCCGGUCCUUAUUUCCCGGACUGUUCGACGACAGUGUCGAACUUGCCUCUGAAAGUGAUCAAGUCGUUUACCGAGAUUUUUAAUUCUCCGCGGUAUAAGAAUUGGGCUGUUGUUGCUGCUGGGCCAUACCGUGAUGUAAGCGAGGAUGGAAAGUUUUAUGCAGUUGUUUUAGAGCAGAUCAGAGACCAGUCAUCGGAUAGCACAAACAAAUGA